AUGCUGGCGGGGCUGGGGCGGGCGGUGCGGAGCGGCUGGCCGGCGGGCAAGCGGCGGCCCCCGGUGCUGCUGGGCGGCGCGGGGCAGGCGCGGGGCAGGCGGGAUGGCCGCCCGCCGCCCUCAGCGCCUCAGGAAGGAGGUGAAAAUCGGACUAUGCUGGAUUUGAUAAGGAAUAUUGCAAAUGAGUUCCCUGAGUUACUAUUUCAGCUAAGCAAGCUCCCUGUGUCUGUGCUGCAGGUGUGGCUGUGGAGGCAUGCCGGAGCUUGGAGGGGCCGGGAAGGAGCACCUCACAGCACCCUGGUGCCAUCUGAUGAAGUAACUAUUAAUUACAGACAUGGUCUUCCUGUGGUAACUCUUAUGCUGCCCACAAGAAGUGAACGCUGUCGGUUCACUGUUAAGCCAAUGGUGACUACCGUAGGGGCAUUCCUGCAGGAUGUGCAGAGGGAAGAUAAAGGAAUUGAGAGGGCGGAAGUCUUUGCAACAGAUGGUAGCAAGGUCUCGGAUGCAACCUUGAUGGAGGUCUUAUUGAUGAAUGACUUUAAACUUGUUAUCAACAACACAGCAUACAACGUGUCACCUCCUGUAAAAGAUAAGCUGAGUAGUGAGCAUGCUACUGAAAUGGAAGAUAUCAAAUCCUUGGUUCACCGACUGUUUGUGGCUCUGCAUUUAGAAGAUCACCAGAUCAGGAAAGAGAGAGAAUUGCUACAGAAACUGGACCAUCUGAAAGAAGAGCUGCUGCCUCUUGAACAGAUGAAAGCCAGAAUCGCAGACAGUGCGGAUGCAAAGACCUCCAGGCUUCUGUGGGUUGGCUUAGCUCUGAUGUCAACACAAGGGGGAGCGUUGGCGUGGCUUACGUGGUGGGUCUAUUCGUGGGACAUCAUGGAGCCAGUCACAUAUUUCAUCACUUACGGGAGUGCCAUGGCUUUCUAUGCCUACUUUGUUCUUACUAAACGGGAUUACAUUUAUCCUGACGCUAAAGACAGGCAGUUCCUCCACUACUUCUAUCGGAAAUCCGAAAAACAGCAUUUUAACGUGGAACGAUAUAACAAGCUCAAAGAAGACCUAGCAGAGGCAGAAGAAUCCCUGAGGCGUCUGCGCCAACCUCUGCACCUGAGGCUUCCAAUCCAGGAAAUCAAUGACAAGGACUGACUUUGGUUUUGUAUAUAUUAGAAUUGCCCUUUCAAAGCUGAUACGAACAUUUAGUUACUCUAUAGAAACUGAGUAUUUUUGACCACUAUAGUUUUGAAA